AUGGAGAACGUCAAGGAGUUUGCCGAUAUGCCCGCCGAGUUCCUCAGGGAGGGCACUCUAUUCAUGAAUCGCUGCACCAAGCCUGACAAGAAGGAGUUCAUCAGGAUCUCGCAAGCAGUAGGAAUCGGAUUCUUGAUCAUGGGUGUCAUCGGCUACAUCGUCAAGCUCGUCCACAUUCCCGUAAACAACAUCCUCGUCGGAGGCUCAUAG